AUGGAUCUUGCUGAAGUUGACGCUGGAGGUAGCUCUCUGAUGUGGUCAUGGUGGUCUUUGAUCCUGUGCAUGUGCGCCACUUGGUCCUCUGUCCGUGAUGGGACUGGUCUGGUGCUUACUGGCCUCUUGGAUGGAGCUCCUGAAGUGCUCACUCUGCUGGAUGUUGUCCUGGUGCAGCAAGUCUCUAUUCCGUUGCUGAAGGUGGAUGAUGGUACUAAGGUGUUGUUUCACUCACUGCAUACCUGGGAGGACUUCUUCAAACUGGUCGAUGCUUGCUGCGGGUUUGGUGGUCCUACACAUGGGGCCCAUGCCGUUGGUGUGCAAACCAUGGUUGCUGUUGACUCUAGUGCCCGUAUGGUGACCUUACACAAGGUUCAUGGAGGAUGUGAGUAUGUGAUCGGUGAUGCUGGCUGUCCCCAGGUGAUCGCUGGAGUGUGGUCCACGUGUAAUCAUGCUGCGGUGAAGAGUGUGGGAUUUUCAUGUCAGCCGUUUUCGCAGUUUGGUGAUCGGAAAGGAGGGGCAGACCCUUGUGCUAUGUCCCUUCCUAACAACCUCAGAGCUGCUCCGUCUCAGCGUGUUCAUGGUUUGGUGCUUUCAUGCGUUGUCCCUGCAUGCAGAGAUCCGUUCGUCUCACAACACCUUGAUAGGUUUGUCGACUGGUCUGGAUUUGUGAAGGAGAACAUCAUCCUUGAGCUCUCUGCUUUUGGUCAAGUACAACCGUUGAUGCAGAACCAAACACAGAUUGACGGGCAGUUUCUGGAGUUCACCCACCAUCAGUCUCAACAAGUUUCGAAUCUACAGGCCCUGAUGCAGGCCCCGUCUCAACACUUUUACGGACAAAGUGAGACCCAGUAUCAGUGCAUCCAGGCUAUGUUUGAGAAUCAGCUUUCUCAUAUACGUGGCUUGUUGCGGAAGUCCGGUUCAGGCUUUGCUGCCGUCUUGACCGUAGAACCUGCCAAUUUGCGUGGCCACUGUGCGGAAAACGCCGUGCGCAUCAAGCUGGGUAGCCCCAAGCACAUCCCAGGUAACGGCCGCCGCAUGAUGAAGUUUCGGCACCUCUGGUGCCUUGCCUGUCUUGCACUUGGCAGGCCGCACAGAGCUGGGGACCCCAGGGUGGACCCGGUGGGUGAAAUCAUGAGGUCUUCUGUGCUGAAUGAAGGCGCAGUGGACGCAGGGCAGACCCAGUCGGAGGAUCUCCAGGAUCCGGAAGAUCCGGUGCCCGAAUUACAACUCGAGGUCACAUCCCUGGCAGCGCCGGCGACUUCGCCCACGGUUACGGCGCUUCCGCGAAACAAAGCGGAGAUGCCGGAUGAUGACAUUCAGAACCUGGAAAGGUCGGUCUUAAACCUGGUGAACCAAGGGGCCUCGCCGGGCAUGGUGACCUUCGUGGCGGAGGUGAGGAAAUUGGUGCAUGGGAAGAUGAAGAAGGAGUUGCAUCUGCAACACAGCGCCACCGAGAAGUCGUUGAACGCUUCCUACGUUGCCAUCGCCGGCUGUUCCUCUCGCGAUUGGAGAGAGAUGCUCAAUGUGGCGCUGUCGCGUGAUGUCAAUGGUUCUAGCUUGGAGACCUACAAACUCCCAGAGUUGGCCGAGGAUCACAGGAAGUGCCGCGACGUUGAAGCCGAGCGUGCGGAACGCGUGGCGGAUUUGCAGAGCUUGGCGGACGUCUUCAUGGCCAAUACGGUCUACACCUGCAAGCUCUAUGCGGGCAACGAGAGCGACCGCUUGCUGCCGGUGGGCGAUUCCAAUCGCUGUAUCAUGGAUGUGGAGAAGUAUCCUUUGAGCAGCAAGACCAGGCACAUCGACUACUUGAAGGAUCAACUGGCUUUCUGGGACGCGGAGUACCAGAAGAUCGUGGAUUCACGUGUGCAAUGCACGUCAAACACAAAGGCCUAUGAGGCGCACAAGGUCACGGUGGACCAAGCGAAAACUGCUCUGGCGGAGGUCCGCACAGCAUGCAACGAAGCGCAGGCCAAGAUGGAUGAAACUUCCUGUGGCUAUAAGGCCUCCAUCACGAAGAAAUGCGAGCUGGUGGCGCGCUGUCAAGAAAGCACUUGGAAGACCUAUAAUGAGACCUUGACCACAGCGAGGACAGAGGAGAUAUUCCUCAAGGCUCAGAUGAGCACAUUGGAGCGUAUCGAGUGCUAUUUGGGUGCCUUUGAGCUCAGUGAUAUGAGGGAAGGCAUCCUGCAGUGCAAAGACAAGGACUUUCAACAGCACGAGGAAGUCAUCAAAAUGUCGUUUCACGCCAGGGCCAGACCGGAGCCGAGUGAAUGCCAGAUGGAUAAGGAAAACGUGGCGGGCUAUUGUGCUUAUGAAGGUAAGUAUUACGCCAACACGUCCAAUCUCAGUCAAUCCUGCAAUGCAUCCUGUUGCAGUGAGCGCUGCCAUCCCUGACUGUGGGAGAGAAACGAUGCAGCUGUGGAAAAAUAUGGAGAUCUUAGGAGUU